UGUAAUGCAUUUUUAUGUGGUGGAGACAGAAGGAAAAUUGUAUAUCCCCUUCCUAACUUCAGAUAAGAAGAAAAUUAUAAAAAGUCAUGCUUAAGUGUUCAUUUUAUCUCUGAAGGUUGAAUACUUUUUUUUUUAAACACCCGAAAGGAACUGAUGUCGACGAUAGGUAAAUCACAAAUUGAAUUGGUUACAGCUAAUGAAUUUUCUACUGUAGAGAAAGGCAAUUCCUCCCGUACAUCUAUGUAUGAGGAUCUUGUCCAAAAUCCUGAACUUUUUUGGGAUACGCUCCGAGAUUUUUUCGAAUUUUCUGGGCAACCUUUUAAGAAUCCUGUUGUGGGUGGAAACAACCUCGAUCUGCAUCGGCUGUUCAUUGAGGUCACAUCUCGUGGUGGUCUUGAAGAGGUGAUCAACGAUCGCAGAUGCAAAGAAGUGAUUGAAGUAUUUAAGACAGUAAUAACAAAUCCAGCAUAUGUUUUAAAGACUAAUUAUCGUAAAACACUCCUUGAGUUUGAGCAUGUGUACUUCCAAGCUCCGCGCUCUACAUUUCAGGGGAAUGAGAAAGCACUGAAGCGCCCUGUCAAAGAAUCUGCAAAGCAUGGCAAUGGCAUGGAAAUGAAACCUGGCGCCGUGGUUACUGGGAGCAUUGAUGAGAAGUUCGAAAGCGGUUACCUGGUAACCAUGAAGAUGGGCUCAGAAAAGUUCAAAGGAGUGCUUUUCCACACUUCUUCUCAGGAUGAUCCUAGAACUCGUAGGAAUAAGAGAGCCAAGUCAUCUCAUGAACGACCUAAGUGCCCAAGAAGCAGUUACAACUUCUUCUUUGCUGAGCAACACGCGAGGCUUAAAGCUGAGGUCGGUGGAAAAAAGGGACCUUUCACCAAGGAAAUUGCGGAAAUGUGGAAUAAUCUCUCUCAAUCUGAUAAACAGGUUUAUCAACAGAAGCAUCUUGAGGAUAAGGAGAGGUACAAGGAGUUGUUACAACACAAAGCUUCAAAGGAUUCUUAUGCGUCAGAUAUUGUAGCUGCGACUGAUGCAGUGGAAACUGUAGCUGAGACCAAUGCAACAAAAGUUGUAGCUACCGUCAAUGCAGCGGAAACUGUAGCUGCAACCAAUGCAGCGGAAGUUGUAGCUGAGACCGAUGCAACGGAAACUGUAGCUGCAAGUGCAAGUGCAUCGGAGACUGUGGAUGAGGCAAGUGAGUAGUGUUACUUUCUCUAUUAUUGUCUUAUUUAUUUGUUGGACUUUUAUAUUUCUGUUAUGAGAACUUUCGUUUAAUAAUAAGUGGUAGAACUGGCCAUAGGCAACUUUUCAUUCAAAC